CAGAUCCAGGCAGACAUCGAGCGCAUUUUCGAGCUGGCGCGCUGCAUGCAACUGGUCAUUCUCGACUGCGACACGAUCAACCAUCCUUCGCAGUUGUCGAAGACGACAUUGGCGCCGAUCAUCAUGUUCAUCAAAAUCAGCUCGCCGAAGGUGCUGCAGCGGCUCAUAAAAUCCAGAGGCAAGUCACAGUCGCGAAACAUGAGCGUCCAGAUGAUCGCCGCUGACCGACUGGCUCAGUGCUCGCCGGUACGUUUUUUGCAUUGUCUACGUGUCGCUGGAUACGGUUCAGGCACCGACGACGAGCUGAGUUCUUUUAUAAGUUACUACUGUAGUACAUUACUAGCUUCUUGUGAUAUAGUUCUGCUACGAUAGUG